ACACGCACUUUUAUUGUUAACGUGAUAUUUCUCUAUCGUGUAUUCUUGUUCUUUAUAUCCUUGCUAUGUAUUGUUACAAGUUAAUUGUUGGUGGGAUCACAUCAAUCCUUCGUAUAGGCUUUAACUUAGCAAUGCUUGGCUUUAGCAUUAUCAGUUUGUCUGCUUUUGAGAAGAACUUUGCUUGUUAUUGUGAUGGAGCCAAUUCACCUGAACAAUGAUGACAGUUCUAUUGAAGAAUCAUCUUCUGAGCAGUUAAUUCUUCCAAGCUCCCCUAAGAUAAGUGGCAUAUCUGGAGAUCCAGAGGUAAAUCCCCGAGUUGGUGAUGAAUAUCAGGCAGAAAUUCCUCCCAUGAUAUCAGAAUUUGAAAAUGCUCAACUUUUACUGAACUCUUUUGAUUCGAAAGUCAAAGAUGAUGGUUCUCACUACUUUCUAUUGGGUUUGCCCAUCCCACUUGCUUGGAUUCAUAAUAAAACAAAUAACAGAAAGGAUAAAGGGGACCGAAUGACCAACCCUGAUGAUCUAGUCUAUGCAAGUCAAUCAAGCAAAUACAAAACUAGCAGAAAGAAUAACAUUCUGAAGAGCAAAUGUUCAAGACAAAAAGCAGAACCAUUGGAUCUUGGAGUGGAUGAUCAAAUAAAAUUAAAGCUAGCAAAUCUUGGACCCGAGAUAGCAAGGAAGGCUAACGUACCUCAGCUGCAUAAGAGCAAACAUCAUUAUCCUGUUCCUGGUUCAUCCAAUCUCCCUUGGACAGAUGCCGAAGUUGAUAGUUUCAUUCUUGGCUUAUAUAUAUUUGGAAAAAAUUUUAUUCAGAUAGAGAGAUUCAUGGACAACAAAAAAAUGGGGGAAAUAUUAUCUUUUUAUUAUGGUGAGUUUUACAGGUCUGAUGGAUACCGUAGAUGGUCAGAUUGCCGAAAGAUAAAACGCAAGAAAUGCAUCUUUGGACAGAAAAUUUUUACAGGGUGGAGACGACAUGAACUGCUCUCCCGUUUGCAGUCCCAUGUCCCUGAGCAUUCUCAAAAUGCUUUUCUAGAGGUCUUUACAGCAUUUUCAGAGGAUAAAAUUUCUCUAGAAGAUUAUGUAUCCAAUUUAAAGGCCAUUGUUGGCAUUCAAGCUCUUGUAGAUUCUAUUCGAAUUGGUAAGGGGAAGGAAGAUCUGACAAGUGUUUCCAUGGAACCUGCAAAAAGCAAUCCAUUGUUUUCUGUUUGCCCAAUUGGCAAAGCUUGCUCCUCUCUGACUUCUGGUGACAUAAUGAAGCUGUUGACUGGGGGCAUCCGUUUGAGUAAGGCUCGUUGUAAUGAUAUAUUCUGGGAAGCUGUUUGGCCCCGUUUGCUGGCCAGAGGGUGGCACUCUGAGCAACCAAAGAAUCACGGUUAUAUAGGUUCCAACCACUGUCUAGUGUUUCUCAUUCCUGGCGUUAAAAAGUUCUCAAAAAGGAAACUUGUAAAAGGUAACCACUACUUCGAUUCUGUUAGUGAUGUUCUGAACAAGGUGGCAUCUGAACCAAAACUUAUUGAGCUCGAAACUGAAGAAGCUAGAGGUAGCAGCUGCAAUGAAGAGGACAGGUGGGUUGCUGAAGUACCAUCAGGCCAGGAUGAUCCCUCCAUUCGAAAAAUUAAUCGUUACCUCAAACCUCGAGUUUCUAGUUACAAUAUGAACAUUGUGAGGUUCACUGUUGUCGACUCUGGUUUGGCUGAUGGAGGAAAAUUAUGCAAGAUGAGGGAAAUGAGAUAUGCACCAGAUGAUUUGAAAGUUAAAUCCUUGUUUACAACCCUUUCGAGUAGCAUUGAGAUGAUCUUUUUGGACAACUCACUGAGCAACAGUAAGAUAAAUUCUGUGCACAUGCCAUCGGAAGGUGAAAAGAAUAGCAAUAGUGUUAGCUGUUGUGAAAAAAAAGGCGAUGCUUGUGCUUCAAACCGUACAAAGUUCACCAUUGUGGAUACAAGUUUGAUCCAUGCUGGAAAAGCAUCAAAGGUGAGAGAGCUGAGAUAUUCACCAGCUGACAUAGUUGCUUCUGAAGUGACCACUUCAUCAGUAAAAGAUGAAGAGGAUUCACUGGAUGGGCAUAUGCCAGAUGCAAUCAGUAUUCUGUCAAGUGGGGAAAAGAAUGUCAACAAAUACAACCACAGUGAGGAUGUGAUCAAUAGCAGUGGCUUGGAACAGAAGACCCUAAACCGAGAUGUCAAGAACAAAUCGGUAGAAAGCCUCAAGGAUAAUAACAAUGUGCCAAAUGAACAUCAGUCAGCAAGGACUAUAAAGCACAAAUUUAGUCGAAGAUCAAGGUCUGGCCAUUCAAAUAAUUUAGUUCCUGUUGUCAAACGGCGGAGAUUAACUGCUUGUUCUAAUAGUGAGUUAAAUCAUGUCAUGGAAAAUUUUUCUGUUAGCCUGGGAUCAAAACGAGAAGGGUCUUGUUGUGCUUUGAGCUCACAAGGGGGAGGCAGCAAUAUCUUUCAUGUUAGUCACCCCCAGAAAUUAUCGUUAACUGCUUCCUCAGCAGAAGAUACCCUAGAAGAAAGCACUAGAGACAUUCUAGGCGAAACUUGUUUUGAUAUGGAAACAUCUAAUGGGGAAAAUGUGAAGCAUGAAACCUCAUCUUUGAUUGACCUGAACCUGCCCCAAGUUCCAUUGGAGUUUGAAUCUGAUGAACCAGCAGCGGUGGAUGUGGAGGGCAGACAGGGAGCAAAUGCCAAUGAUACAUGCUUUUCUUCAAAUUCAGAUAAGCCUGAACCCAAGGCAUUGAGCGCUUCUGUUGAUGCUAGUCCUGAAGUAGAGCGGGCUAAUUUGAAUCCGAGAAGACAAAGCACUAGAAACAGACCUUUGACCACAAGAGCAUUGGAAGCUAUUGAAUGUGGAUUCUUUGGAGUGAAGAGGCAAAAGAGCAUGCAGCUUCAUACAUCAGAAAUCCCAUUUUCCACCUCAUCCCAUGGGGUUGACAGCAAAGUCAAAGUAACAUCAAGUCGUGGUAAUUUUGGCCCUGGCAUUGUGAAAGCUAAGGAAAGGGAUCCCAAUGAGGCUUUUAACAAAAAAGAUAGUGUCGACCAAACUCGUGACUAAACAUAAUAAAACUGCUAACUAGUUAGUAGGGAUGCCAACAGAUGCUUACCAUAUUGAAGUUUGAGGACUGCUAGCUAGUAAGAUGCUUUUAGUUCUAUUUUGACACGAAAGUUUCAACUGUUAUAGAAGAAUGGCCUGAAGUAGCUGCUAUCAUUGCCGACCCUUGCAUGUCACCAGUGAGUGAACAACAUAUUGUCACCUCUGGUAUGGCCUUCACCGAGCAAAUCAUAACUACGGGAGCACUUCUGUGUCGACAUGGACAACUUACCUACAGACACAACACCUGCAAUUCUAUGUCAUUACUCGUCAAGUUGUCAUACUUCAUUUGCAUUUUGCCAUAGUUUUCUUAAAUAGUGGAGACAAUACUUUUGUAUAUUGUGGUGCCUUACAAAUGGGUAUUAAAAAUGAUAUCGCAUUGACAUCUCCAGAUUUUCAAAUGGCAGAAGAUUAUUAUGCCCUGAUAAUAUGAACUCCAAAUUUCCAGUA